UUUGAAAUAACAGAACAAUAGAAGCUUGGAGAAGAAGAAAAGAUUAGGCCAUGGCUGGUGUAACUAAGAAGAUGUUGUCAACCGCUGUUUUGCUGCUACUCACUCUGCUGCACUAUCUUCACCUUCGACUCUGUAACGUGGCUGUUGCUUUAGGAGUGAACACAAUAACGAACAACUGGAAUGAGAAAAUAUUCUACUUGCCAAUGAAUGUGGAGUAUGUUUCUAUAGCUUUCACGUUCCUGAUCCAUUUAGCUCAUCAACUCACGUCUUUUAUUACCGGGUAUUAUGGCUAUGAUCGUCGAUUUGCUUGGGCUGAAUCUACUGCAGCAUUUUUUCAUCUACUCGGAGCUAGUUUUGCCUACAUUGUAAGCAAGGAUAACCUACACGCGCAUAGCUCUUUUAUUGCCCUACAUUUGCUCGCCCUCUCAGCUUACAGUAGGAUAACUUUUGAACAGAAUGCUAAAGUGCAAACGGUCUUACUCUGCCAGUUGCUGGUAUAUGUGUUUAGGCUCUCUAUUCGGAUCCCACAAUACCAUCUUCUGUUAGAUGGCUUGGCACUGCCCCUCUCACUGGUCAGUACAGGAGAUGCGAGGAUCAAGUUUAAAGUAAGUGAAGAAGACGCGCAUCUUCUGAAGCUUGAACCGAAUUCCUGGUUUCAAGUGAGAGAGGAUUACGCUGACCAUGUUAAGUUUGAAGGGGAUGUUUCCCAGGAAGUGAUUCUUUCAGUUUCCAGAAAACUAGAAAACAUUGUCAACUUCACUAUGAGGGAUUAUCAAGCAGACGUUAUCAAGUUCAAGGAGGAUUAAACUUUUAGCUCUAAAUCACAGUUCAGCUUCUGUCCACCUCCUUAUUACUCAGUGCAGAUGCAUCUCCUACAGUAGUCGGUACUCUUAAUUUUGCUCUAUAUUAGUGAAGUAUAAACGUAUGUACAGAACUUUAUGUCGUAGAUUUGAAUGCUGAAAGACUUUAUAAGCCUUGUUCAAUCAUUUUACUUGCCACGUGAGUCGUGACUUACAUCCAGACUUGAGGCAUAUGCCAUAAGUGAUCGUAAUGUGUUCUGUUUCUUUAAUAGUUUAGCUUUGAAAUCAUGUGUAUCACUAGUUCUCUGUUCUACAUGAUUAUAUCUUCCGUCUUUUUUUUUCCCUUCAAUAACAAAAAAAGCACUGUUACUA